GGGUCUUGACCAUUUUGCUAUGUUGAAUUUCGUUCUGGACUUAGCACGCUGUGUGUGUAGGUACAAGCCCUUCAGCACCGCUGCACCAGGCUUUUUCAUCUUUUUAAUUCGCCACGGUUUUCCUAGUUUAACCAUCUUUGUUUUUUACUGUUUUAAUGGCAGUGAUAUGGAAUUCAAGAUUUCCCAUUUUUGGCCUCCUGCGAAACAGAUUUCCGGAAUUUCUGUACUCACCGUUAUUUUUCUCCUUAUUCUUUGUUGAAAUUUAAGUCACUUUCUGUCGGGUUUAUCAUGAAAUUGGUCGACUUGUUGAAGCAGAGCAGUAAGAUGGAGCAGAGGAGGAUGGAGUUGCAACAGGAGGUGGGUGAGUUGCAGAAAAUCUUGAAGGAGCAACAGAAGUUGAAGAAGGUUCUGCAAUAUGCCCUUCAUAAACCUCUGACGUCGCAUUGUUACUUCUAUCCAUGUCUUCCACGCAAGGUUCAGCUUCUUCUGUCAGAAAUCACCAUCGUGGAGGAAGAGAUAUCUUAUCUUGAAAAGAAAAUUAGUGAGCUCAAAUUGCGCCUAUAUGAGGAAAAGAUACAAACGCAAGAGAUAAAAUCUCGCGGAUGGCACCGGCACCACGAGAACUUCUGCAUGUUUCAGACUCAAAGUGCACCUGGGGACUUGGAAACGUCUUCCCCACAAAGAGAAAGGAAAACUUCGUGGAGCUCAUGUUCUGAAACCAAUCCUCUGUUCUGCGAUCAAAACUGUACCGUAAAAGAUGAAGAGGAACCAGAAAAGAGCAGUCAGAAAGAUACAGAACCCGUUAGUGAAAAGCCCAACCAGCUCUCAGAAGAAUUGGUGAAGUGUCUGAUCAGCAUCUUCCGGACACUGAACAAGACACCUUCACAGCUAGACUCUGUAUCUUCAGCCACCAUUUCCAAGCUAACACUUUCGUGCAUGAGCUCUAGGAGCUUCGUUUCCAAGUCUUCUUUCAACGGAAAGCCACCAAUCCCUCUCUGGCUUGAUUCAUAUCCACUAUCCGACCCUUACGGCGUGGCAGCAAAUUACGACUGCUUACCAGGAGAUAUUGGCCCUUACAAGAACUACGUUCAGCUCACUCGGAAUUCGCUGAACUUUAGCCAGAUGCCCCAAUGCAUACCUUCUCUUGACAAAUUAAGGGACUUGAUGGACAAGCUACGUACAGUGGACUUAAGGCUCUUGACUUACAAAAAGAAGCUGGCAUUCUGGAUUAACACAUAUAAUGCGUGCAUUAUGCAUGCAUUUCUUCACUAUGGACUGCCUUCAACGACGGACAAAUUGCUUGCUCUAAUGAAUAAGGCUGCUUUAAACGUGGGUGGUAUAGUAUUGAAUGCAUUGGCAAUUGAGCAUUUCAUUCUGAGGCAUCCGUCUGACUACAAAAAUGGAUUAAUGGAUGAGAAAGAAGUACUCCUAAGGCGCGCUUAUGGUCUAGGAUAUCCAGAACCAAAUGUGACCUUUGCUCUUUGCCGUGGAAGCUGCUCAUCUCCUGCGAUAAGGGUGUAUACUGCAGAAAAUGUGAUGAAUGAACUGGAGAAUGCCAAAACAGAGUUUUUACAGGCUUCAAUUGGAGUUACCAUCAAGAAAAGGAUAGUACUGCCCAAGCUUCUGUACUGGUAUAUGCGCGAUUUUGCAGACGAUCUGGAAUCGCUGCUGGAGUGGAUCUACAGUCAAUUGCCAAGAACCACAUCCUUGAGGAAGUCAAUAAUGGAUUGCUUAAAAGGAGAAAGAAAAUGGCCGAUCCAGAAAAUGGUAGAGUUGCAGCCGUAUGUGUCUGACUUUCGCUACAUAUUGGCAUUAUCUUAGUCCAUUGAAUUCUCAGGUGCAAAGCAAAAAGGCAGCCAGCCAUCUUCCACAUCCCAUUUCCAGUAGAAUUUUGUGUACAUAUGCAAAAUUUUAAAAUUUUCAAACAUGGAAAUAAGUUGAGCUAAUGGUGCAGAGUCGACCUCGAAGCAUCCAUUUGUACAUGCGUUGUUUCGCAGUGUAAGAAGACGAUAUUAAAUUCUUGAGGAGCCUAUGCUGAUCCUUUGUCUUCUUGGUAACAACUGUAGUAUGUAAACAGUUAACAAUAGAGAGGGCAGGGGUUGGUAGGCAGCCAGUUCCCAUGGAGACAUCAACAUGCAAGUUGAUAUAUAGUGAGGUGUUUCCCUAAGGUACCGUGAGUAGGCCCAGUACCUUAGUCCAAGGUUGCACAAUUGGAUGAAAUACUCCACAUAAAAAUAGAUCCAAAUCUGACGUACUCGUGACAAACCUAUACACAUAUUCAACCAGCCUUCUUUCAAAUAAAAGAAUCCCUUUAAUACUUUUUACGUGACGUGAAUUUUUCUUGAAUUCAGAAUGACCUCUCGUCUAACAGAAACCUGGCUCCCAAUACAACCUUCGACCAAACAAUAAUCAGAUCCCACAGGUCCAAGCCAACUCCAUAAGCGGGUCGUCUCUAUCAAGAGACUGGAGACCUACUAGGUUAUUUGUAACCAAAAGAAAACCCGAGAGCCCGUUCAAUCGAAGCUAUGGUAAAUUGCAGACAAGCACGAGUUUCUUAGACAACCAUAAUCACGCUUCGAAAGAACGAGAAAAAAGUUUAGCUAUUAAAAUGGCCAGCAAGUAUUUCUCAAGACACCAGACCAAUCAUCGGUACCUCGGUUCAAAAAAAUGGGGUUGAUUUUGGAUGAGCUAUUACACUGGUGCUGAGGCUAAUCACCCGCUUUAUGUUAUUCUGCUCAGGAAUUUUUGUAGAUACUGGAAUCCUGGUUGCUAUGGCUGGGAUCCAUUUAAAGUACCCUUUGUGCAGAAUUAGAACCUUCUGGC